CUGGCUCUUGUUCUUUGUGUCUCCUCAGGGUUUGAAAGGAGAUCCUGGACCUCAAGGCCUACCUGGUCUCAAAGGUGAUAAAGGGGAACCAGGUCUGCCAGGUGCAGAAAAACUCUCGGUUGAGCAGCAAGCUCAAAAAGGGGACCAGGGUCCCCCAGGAAUUCCUGGAGAAAAGGGAGACGCUGGCCUGCCGGGUCAAACAGGAGCACCAGGGAAAGAGGGCAAAAGGGGUCGACGGGGGAAGACAGGAGAACCAGGGACUCCAGGACCCCCGGGUCCACCUGGAACAUGCGAUGCUGAAGCGGUUAAGGGUAUGAAGGGUGACCCGGGUGUCGCAGGAACGGAUGGACAGAAGGGCGAUAAAGGGGAUACUGGUUUACCUGGCCUGGAGGGAGCCAGUGGAACGAAGGGGCAAAAGGGUGAGGAAGGACCCAGAGGUCUGCCGGGCCCCGUGAUGACAGCACAUGGACUGAGACUUUCUGGAUCUGAGGGGGAAGGAGGUGAAAAAGGCCAGAAAGGAGAGAAAGGAGACCAGGGUGAAAAAGGGUCUGAAGGCUCAAAAGGUCUCCAGGGCAAUACUGGAUUGCCUGGAUUGACAGGGUCACCAGGACUUGAGGGAAAGCAGGGUCCGUCUGGUCCCAUUGGCCUCCGUGGUCUUCCAGGGGAUCCGGGCUCUCCCGGUCAACCAGGACUGCCUGGAAAAGAUGGAAUGAAAGGAGAAAAGGGUGAUUCAGUCGGAGCACCGGGACCUAUAGGCCCCCCGGGCCUCAAGGGUGAACCUGGUGAGCCCUGCUCUGUCGGACCUUGCAAUGGGGAGGAGGUCGCGUCUGGUCUUCGGGGGUUGCGGGGCCCUAAGGGUGAGCGAGGUGUACCUGGAGUCCCUGGAGAUGCUGGAGAGAAAGGAGAACCUGGUAUUGGAAUCACUGGACCCCCUGGACUGAUGGGAUCUAAAGGAGAAUCGGGAAUUCAGGGUCCUCGUGGACCUCCGGGACCACUUGGAGCACCAGGGAUUAUGGGACCUCCAGGCCCACAAGGCAGACCAGGACCCCCUGGACCCCCUGGAGAACCGACAGCACUACCUAUUGUUGGAGACAUGGGGAUGUUACUUAAGAAUGCCUGCAGUGUGUGUCAGAACCGAGUACCAGGAUUGCCAGGGCAGAAAGGGGAAAAGGGUUCUUUUGGAGUUCCAGGUAUCCCAGGAAUGGAUGGAGAAAAGGGGGAUCAGGGACUUCGAGGCCCAGCUGGUAAUCCCGGAAAAGAGGGUCCGAAGGGAGUGAAGGGUGAGAGAGGCUUUCCUGGUCCAUUGGGGGAUAAGGGUGACGAGGGGUCUCCAGGUGUGCCAGGAUUGCCUGGAUCCACAGGCCGUAUGGGUCCACAGGGACUGAUUGGCAGACCAGGACCUGUUGGACCCCCAGGACCAAAGGGAGAACGGGGCAGCGACGGAGUGGAAGGCAGACCCGGCCCUCCUGGACCUCCUGGUGUCCCAUAUGCAGAGGGAAAUGGAAUGAGCAGUCUCUAUAAGCUUCAGAAUGGAGCGGCUAAUACAGGUCAGCCCGGACCACCAGGGCCCCCGGGGCCCAAAGGAGAUGAAGGAAGGAUGGGUGAGCCAGGGUUGAUGGGAUUACCAGGUCUAGAGGGGCUGCCAGGUGCUAAGGGUGAUCCUGGCCUAUCUGGUCCACCUGGUGUUCCUGGUCCUACUGGAAAGCCUGGUCCACGUGGUGAGCCAGGGAUCCCUGGAGAGCCGGGAGAACGAGGGCCUGUGGGAGAGACUGGCUUCCCUGGACCUGAAGGGCCUCCUGGAUCCCCUGGAAGGCCGGGAAAAGACGGAAUUCCAGGCUAUACGGGAGCCACAGGCAGACCUGGAGACAGAGGUACUAAAGGAGAACGGGGAGAUACAGGGAUUCCAGGAGAGAGAGGAGUACAGGGAGAAAGAGGCAAACCUGGAGAAAGAGGGGGCAUUGGUCCUCAGGGACAGCCUGGACAGAAAGGAGAACCAGGCACACCUGGAUCUUUAACAACACCAGGGACUGUCAGUCUGUUGGGUGAUACAGCUGCCUUGGAGGAAAUUAAAACAUUCAUCCGAAAUGAAGUAUUGCGUGUAUUUAAAGACAGUUAUGCUUUGCUGCAGAAGACACCAGCAGCUAUAUUAGCCGCACAGGAUCGACAAGGCCCUCCAGGACCACCUGGUAAUGAUGGCUCCCCAGGACCCCCAGGAGAGCCAGGACCUCCAGGUCCCCAAGGGUAUCGAGGGCAGAAAGGGGAACGAGGUCAAAUGGGGUUAGGACUUCCAGGAGCUCCAGGCCCCACUGGCCCACCAGGCUCACCCGGAAGAGGACUCCAGGGUCCCAAAGGUGAUCCAGGCCCAGAGGGAAGAUGUAAUCCCAGCGACUGCUUCCAUCCAUACGCCAGACGGGACGGGUAGGAUCUGACGCAUCCUCAUCCAAACCCGAUUCGAUCCUGGAAACCUGCGAACCAGCUCAUCUACACAAGCAUUAAAUCCUAUUGAAACAAACAUAGGAUCCCCGCUGGAGGAGAAGAAACACGCAAACGUCAUCCACACAAAGCAGCCAUUACUGGUGAUGUCAUUUCAUCAUUUAUCUCCGUUUCAUUUCCCAUAUUUGUGACCAAGGCAUUUACUCAUUUCCCAUGUUUUGUGGGUAUGACGUGAGAAUUCGAAUCUCAUCAUUACACUAGUCACACCGGACAAGUUGAUGGCGAAUGCAGGUGGAAUGACAAUUUACAUUUGCUUAUUUUCUUCAGUUUGUCGUGAAGUUGAGUUUUGAUUCAAUUGUGAUGGCUCUAUGCAAUCUAAAAUAGAGUAUGAUAACAAAUAUUAAGCUAAUGUAAAUAAAUGACAUUGCAAUUGUUUUUCAAACAUGUCAUUUUGAAAAAUAUUUCAAUAAGUGUACUUUCCAGCCCUGUGUGAGGAACAUUGCUUUAGAAGGGAGUUAUCGUCAUGAUUGUCACCUCAGACGCAUAUUGAAACACGUGAGACCACUAGUAAAAUUAGAAACGAAAUUUUUCAAUUUAAUAUUUCACAGUAAAUUAUAGAAAUAAUAAUGUUAAAUUUGAAUUUAUGGUUUUGUAGUGUAGUAUUCUAUUAUUUAAGAAUUAUAAAUAAAUAUAUUCACAAAUAUAUGUAAUUACAAGUUAUGUAAUCAGCAUAACUCAAGUAGUAAAUGUUCUAUAGAUUUUGAAUCCCAGAUAUUCAAAGUGGUAUCAUAAUUCAAAAACAAACACAGCAAAGAAUGAUGAAAGAAAUCAUUGCAUUGUUUUUUGCGGUGUUGGUCAGUGCUGGGGAGGUGAAAACUGUCCAUGAUAUUAAUAAGCUUUAAUUGUUUACAGGAAAAUAAGACAUUAAUACAAUAAGAUGUUUUAACACCUUCAUACUGGUGUUGUAUGUAUAUUUUGUUGUGCACCUGGUUUGUUUUUGUGCUUUUUAUUUACAUUAGAAUAUAUUUAUCUCUAGUUUCUUUUGCUUUGUAUGGAAAGCGUCCUUCCAUGUUACUUGAAGAUUUUUUUAUAAUAUGACGUCUUUGUCAAUUUCAUAUUCAACAGUUUAACAAAUGGCAAGCCAGUUCACAUCAAACUUUGUAUGUUUUACUUUUCAUGGGCAGCAAUGUGUCUUAAGACCAUGUUUCUGUGUAAUUGAGUUCAUUUAUUUAUUUGUGUACAGUUUUAGGAUUGCAGUCUGGAUUGAGUUUUUAUUUAUUUUCUAGAUAUCUGUAAUAUCUUGAUCCAGCAUCAACUGAAGGCGCAUACGAGUCGUUGAAUCUUUUGACUUGAUCCAUCUGGCUCUGUUGUGAAGAUGAAGGUUGCUGGAGUCAUGUGGGCGGAUGACAGUUUGUGAUGUUGGUGCAUUUCUGCUGCUUUCUUUUUCAUCUCAGUCUUCCCGGUCUCCUCCAUUACAGCUUUCUUGAAUUCUCGCUUUCCUUCCUUUCUCCCAGAGUUUUUAUGAAGGUACAUUUAAGACCAAGUAUAGAAGAAAACCAAGUAAGUAAAUCAAACGGAACACUGUAUGUCAAUAUUUUCUUGUAUUAGCAUUGUUUCAAAGUUUGCUAAUACAACUUUUAAUAGAUACCCAUGAUUUUUAAAUUAAGUUUACAAAAAUAAGCAAACAAACAAUAGCUUAUGGCUUGAAUACCUCUGCUUCUGAAUAUUUGACUUUAUCUUCUGAUCACACUGCAGAAAGGUUUCAGUUUUUUGUAGGGAUUUCCAGUGCAAAUGUCUAAAGAUCAUUUACAGUACUUGACAAGCGAAUUACAUCAAAUAAGAAGUCUUGUUUUAUGAGACCUUAAUAAGAAAGAAUUUAAUUUAUGAUUAAAACGAGAAAAAUAACUGCUAGUGGGCUCAGACAAACUUAAUUGAAAGGGAAAAACACGUUUUCAGACCCCAAUGACAGGUGUUUGUUCUAGUGUUGAGCAUAACGUCAAGAUUUUUGUUCAGUUUCUCAGGAGACUAGACUUGAUAUGUUCAGUGCGAAUCCAAAGUAAUCUAUCUUGAUUUAAGGAUGCUUAAAUAUUUGGUUUGGAAAUCUAAACAGAAAUUCUGAGGAAUAUAUAUAUAUUUUUUAAAGCAUGUCAAAUUUUAAAGCCACGACUUGAUUUAAGCUCUGAUUUAAGACCUUUUUAGGCCUCAGUUUAUGGAAGGUCAAACUAAGACUUUUUAAGAACUGCAGAUAUCUUUCUUUCAUUCUUUAUUUCUAUUGCACCAACAGUUAAGUGUGACAAAGCAAACUCUUAGUAGCAUUUUUUUUUCUUUGCUGUUUUACUCAUUCUUACAGAUUCUUUAUGCUUCUUAUUUUUAUAUGUAAUGUACCAGAUUACCUCUGCUGAGAGUUUUUUUUUUGAUGGUUCAGGACAUAAGACUCUUGUGAGAGAUUGUUGAACUGCAUGUUUAACACACAUUAGAGAGAAUCCUUCCAAGUAAGCAUCUUUUGUCUCCUUUAUAUUAACUUGUUUUAUUUAUCAUGCGAUAUAAGUGUUGUUUUUCCGUCAACCACAGCUGUUUAAUUUACAGAAAUGGGCUAUUAAUGACAUGUAGCAUGGAUACAAUAUUCUUCUCAAGGGCUAAACCUGUGGACUUACUUGAAGGACAGUCUUAAGACAAAACUCCACAUCUACCUGAUAUGCAUUGCAUCACCUGAUGGAAUAUCUGGAAGAUGAUUCUGUUUCAAUUUAGUUCUGUUCUCAUUGUGGUCAGAUAUAGCAUCGCACAUCCUUUGUCAGUUGCUUUACCUUUUUGUGCUUUUGCGAAUGCAUUUGGUUUGCAUAUUUAUAUAAUUGUACAUUUGUUUUAAUAAAUGUUUAAUUUAACAUUCA